AUGGACGGGACAAAUAUCGCUAAAGAAGACAUGACAGCUGAACUGCCGCCUACUUUCCUCUUUGGAUAUGGAUCCAUCAUGUGGAAGCAGGAUUUCGCGUACACCCGCAGUUACCCGUCUUGCAUCUCCGGCUACAGGCGUGUUUUCUACCAAGGUAGCACGGACCACCGCGGGACACCUGGUAAACCCGGGCGUGUGGUGACACUUCUGCCAAGCGAUGCGCCUGACUCAUGGGUGGCGGGCAUUGCAUAUGAACUGCCGUCGGACCCUACUGCGCUGACGGCGAUUCUCGCCCAGCUUGACCACCGCGAGCGUGGUGGGUAUCGGCGCGUGGAGGUGGUGUUAAAUGACCUGCACACACGGAAGCCACUCGCACUGCCGCAAGGAGCCUUGUGCCUGUGUUACAUGGCGACGGAGGAAAACAGUGAGUAUUUGGGGGCCGCGACGGAGGAGAAUAUUGCGGCGCAGAUAUUGGAGAGCUCGGGGGAUAGCGGGCCAAACUCGGAGUAUCUUUUUAAUCUUGCCGCAGAGCUGCGGAAAAUACAGGCGGUCGACGAGCACGUUUUCUCCAUUGAAGCAGCAGCGCGAAGAAUACUGGAGAUUAGCGGAGAACAGGAAAAAUUAACGACUUAG